UGGCUAGACAGCUAUGACAUCACGUGAAUGACACACUGUGAUUGGUUGACCGUAUAUGACGUCACCGCCCACAACAAGCAGCCAUGUGUGUUUGUUGACAUUAUCUGCUGUACCUUCCAUUUUAUCCUCCCACCUCACCUGCCUGAGUAAUUAGAUCCCCGGCGCCUCACCUGGGCAUGAAGAGGAGCCCCUAGAGUCCACACAGGUGGAAGAACGGCGCGAAAUAAGAGGCCAGGAGGGAAAAAUGGCGGCGUGAAAUAAGGAGUGUAAAUUUUUGUUAGGUGUUGGAAAUGUCAGUCAGAUUUUAUAUUUUUCUGCCCACCGGGAAGGAACGCGCGGACUGGACCAUGGAGGCCACCACGGGGGAAAGAAGGUGCCUGGAAUCAGCCUGAGCUGCACAGACCAGAGUGAUGCCUGUGUCUGUGGCCGCAGCGUGAGGGGCUCUGAGGCGGCAGUGCUGGGAGCCUGGCACCACUCAUCCACAAGCCUCACUCUCACUUUCCUGUCAACAUUUGAUGAGCAGAACUAAGUGUGCUUUUCUUGUUACUAGUGUUUGCAGUCCCCAGCCAAGCUAUUGAACUGAAGCAUUAAGACAGAGUGAGUGAAGAGGAAAUAUAUCAGAAAAAUGUUCUCUCCCUUCUUUUGUGGAGUGAAAAUAGGAGUGAGUGUGCAGACAGUGCAAUGAGUGCAGCGCUGCGCUGCGGCGGCGGCGGCAGUGUUGGCGCGUGACGGCGGCGUGCCAUGAGGCGACGCGGUGCGGCCUGAGGCGCUGCACGGCACGGCACCAUGAGCAACGCGGGGGACAAGUACCGCCACUUCCUCAGCAUGCACAGCCCGGCCCAGGGCGGCGGGGGCGGGGGCUACCAGUGCAGUGAGUGCGGGGAGCUGUUCGCCGAGAAGGCCGGCCUGCGCGAGCACGGCCUGCACCACGCCGGGGACAAGCGCAACCUGUGCAACCUGUGCGGCAAGCAGUUCACCCGCAAGAGUGACCUGAGCCGUCACCUGCUGAUCCACAGCGGGGAGAAGCGGUACAAGUGCGGGGAGUGCUGCAAGCUGUUCACCCGCACCAGCGACCUCAACCGCCACGUGCUCACCCACAGCGGCGAGAAGCGCCACAUCUGCGGCGAGUGUGGCAAGCGCUUCACCCGCAAGAGCGACCUCAACCGCCACAUCCUGGUGCACUCGGCAGACAAGCGGUGCGAGUGUGCGGAGUGCGGCAAGCUGUUUGGUCGCGAGGAGAGCCUGCGCCUGCACAUGAACGUGCACUCUGGCACACGCAAGUACCAGUGCGAGGAGUGCGGCGAGCUGCUGCCAGACGGUGCUGGCCUGCGCGCCCACCGCUUCCUGCACACCGGGGAGAAGCCGCACAAGUGCGGCGGCUGCGAGAAGCAGUUCACCCGCAAGAGUGACUUGAACCGCCACGCCUCCAUGCACAGUGAGGAGAAGCGCUUCAAGUGCCCCGAGUGCAGCCAGCAGUUCGCCCACAAGAAUGAGCUGAGCGGCCACAUGCUGGUGCACUGCGCCGAGCGGAACUACAAGUGCCAGGAGUGCAGCAAGCGCUUCAACUGCAACUCCAAGCUGAAGCGCCACAUGCUGGUGCACACCGGCGAGCGCCACUUCAAGUGCGAGGUGUGUGACAAGCGCUUCAGCUGCAACUCCAAGCUCAAGAGACACAUGCUGGUGCACAGCGGAGAGAAGAACUUCAAGUGCGACGAGUGCGACAAGUCCUUCAACUGCAACUCCAAGCUGAAGAGGCACGUGUUUGUGCACGCCAACGCGGGGGAUGGCCGGCCGCGCGACAAGCAGGUGUGCGACGGCUCCUUCGGCCCGGACUGCUCCUUCAUCAUGCCCGACGCGGUGAACGAGGUGUUCGUGAUGCCCGGCGCCGUGGCCAACCAUCAGGUGUUCGUCAAGGAGGAGACCCUGGAGGACUGCGUGUUUGUCAAUAAGAUACACUUCCAGUGACUCGCGGCUCCCCCUCCCCCCUCGGUGUGGCCGGCAGGUCCUCAGCGGUGCCCUCUAUUUAUUCCAUGCCAGUGAUGUUUCACCACAGGCUGUGUGCUCAAAGGUCUUGCUGUCUUGGCCUCGCUGCUCUUCACAGGCUGCGGUGCGAGGUAUCACAGUGUUCAGGGCAGAGUUGGUGAUUUCAGUGAUCAUCUGACAGUUACUGGGUUUUCAAGGAUGUUUUCAUGAUUCUGGCAAUACUUUAACAGGCUCCACUGGAAGGUGUUAUAGUUUUCAAGGCAGAGUUGGUGAUCUUAGUGAUCAUUUUGCAAGCUAGGAGAAAUUACUAUGUUUUCAAGGGCAUUUCCAAGAUUUUAGCAAUAGUUGAACAAGCUUCAGUGCAAAUCAUUAUGUUUUCAAAGUUGUUUUCAUGAUUCUUGUGAAGGGAAGGUACUAGGUUUGAAGGGUGUAUCCAUCAGUCUAUCAAUAACUGAAGACUGUAGUAGAAAUUAAUAGGUUUUCAAGGAUGCUGUUAAUCAUUCUAUAAUCCAAGAGGCUGCAGAGAAAGUUGCAACAUUUUCAUGGCCAUUUUAACAAUUCCCAUGAAAGUUUAACAACAAUUCGGCCUCAUGGGGAAAAAAAAUGAAAAAAAAUAAAUAAAUAAAUAAAUAAAAACACCUUUGAAAACCUGGCUGACCUUCCCUGUGACCCUUGAAAGCAACCAGGGAAAGAGAGCAAAGCCUUUCAAAACACAGACUGGGAGUUUGUGACAGGAUGGCAGUGUGGGGCAGCCAAGAGAUGUCCCAGUGAGCGAUGGCCAAGAUGAUGUCAGUGUUGGGCGAAUGACUUGUGUAUGACGCGUUUAUGAAGCGUUUACCCUUAUUUGUAAGUAUCUUUGGUAAUUCCAGCCAUUUAUCUAGUGAUGUUUAUGUUGGGGAGUGUAUGUGUGCGUGUGUAUGUGUGUGAAAGCGAACUGGAAAAUCUUACGAAGAGAUGAAUGAAUUGUGGGACUGGUUAUAGUAAAUUAAUAUAGAAAUAAAUGAGAUUUGUAUAGGAAUGAGUGUGCUGACAAGAUUACUUGAUGAAUGGAAGAGGUGUGGCUGAGAUCCCAUAGAGCAGUGAAUGUGGAAUAGAUAGAGGUGAAGUGAUGUAAAGGAGUAAAUGAAGAAUGGAUGCUGUCAUGAUUAUGCAGUGAAAUGAAUGAAUGAAUGUGAAAAUGGCUCAGUUAUGGGGGAGAAGUGAAUGAUGACAAAAAGACGAGGAAAUGACAAAAAUGAGAUGAGAGGGAGGAAGGAUAAGAAAGUAAAAAAAGAAGGGCAGGAAGAAAGAAGUGACACAUAACUGAACAAAGGAAGGGAAAAGGAAAGAAUGAGGAAGGAAGAAAUAAAGAAAAUGAGAGAAAGCAGGAAACAAGGAAAGAAGGAAAGGAAGGAAAAAGAGACAAGGGAGAAUAUGAAUGAAUGAAUAAUGAAUGAAUGAAAGAUGAAGAAAAAUGAAUGAUGGAGAGGUAGAUUAGACACAGAAAUGAACGUGGAAUGAAGAAUACAGAUUAUGCAGUAGAGUGAAUGCAAUAUUGCCAACACAAUGACAAGGAAUCAUAAAAAAACAAAAACUGAAGAUUAUAUAUAGAAAAGCUUUUAAAAUAACAACUUUAAAGCCGUAUUCUGAACAUUUCUACACUACACCACUACUUUCCAAAGGCUGUAGUUGAAGUGACACAGAUUUUUAAGGGUGUUUUUAUGGUUCUAGUGACAGAUUAGCACAAUUUAUAUAUUACCAACUGGAGAAACACUCUUUGCAAACCUGGCUAACCAUCCCUGUGACCUUGGGAAGUGGUGACAGUGCGGACCGUUUCAGAAUACAGGCCUUGAUGCAGAGACAAUGUUUACAGUGGCCAAGGGGACUCACAAGUGGAUUCAAACACUGUACUAGGUGGUAAAAGAGUGGAGGAAGCACUAUAUUCUGGUAACCCAAUCAAUACUCUGUUGUAGCAAUGCAUAGAAGUCUUUAGGAAUACUUAAAAUAUAUACAGACUCAUAUCGUCAUCAUAUACCGUUUUUUUUAAUUUAUUUUUCAUUGCUGUCUGUUUUGUUAUAGUUUUUUUUUUUUUUUUUUUACUUUACACUAAGGUUAGAGAAUUUAAAGUUUUGUGAAAUUUGUUGAAAUCAUCGUGUUAUUUAUUGUUUAGUUAAAUCUGUUUAUGUCAGGCCGGCAAUCACUGAAAAAGCACCAGAUAUUUUGACACACAUCCAGUCUUAGCCAUGUCAGCCCUCAGCCCUUGCUGGAAAAGGGUAGCAGUAGUAGUAAUAGUAGUAGUAGUAGUAGUAGUAGUAGUAGUAGUAGUAGUAGUAGUAGUAGUAACCACACACACGCACACACCAAGGCUAUCUCCCACAAGAAAGGUUAGCCGAGAGAAGGCACACACACACACACACACACACACAGCUCUGAAUUAACCCUGCUUUCUUCCCUUCCUUGCAACUUCCACACAUAUUUUUUAACUGAAAUAUGUUUAGUUCUGUGGUGUAGAAUAUACAACAUUAAUCUUUCAUCUCCCGUUUACACAAGUCCAUGCAAACUUCACACUUCUAAAUAAUACCAAAUUGACAGACAUGCACAGAUUGGGAUGCAGUAUUGAUGGGUGAGUUGUGACAAUGCUAAUCCUGUGACCACCACCACCACCACCACCACCACCCUUGUUCACAUCCCCAAUCUCUCGGCCCUCCUGACACACGUACUUGAUAGUCUUAGUUCAGAACAGUCUGGGAAAUUGUACAAAUAGUGAGGUCCAUAUUCUAGCAUAAGAGAGUGGAUGAGGUGGAAAUGAUUGACUGACGGAUGAACUUAGAUAACAGACAGGCUUUCAAUUGUUUUCUCCUAGGUCGUUUGGUUUUCCUGUCUAAUACGCAAAGGGAAAAAAAGUCAAGUUAAAAACAGUGGGUGCCUAACCAGACAGCCUGAGAAAUUAAUGGAUCCCUUUUAAUAGUCAGUGUUUUAUAUUGAGUGGAAAAUGAGACUAGUGAGGAAUGGAAGCUGUGAAUGCUGGAAUGGGAGCAGAUUGGAAAGUGGACUAAUCUAACCAAUGAGUGUUUAUAUUCAGUGCAAGAGGAAAGAGAAUGAUGAGGACUGGAAUGGGAACAGAUGAAAAGUGAGCUUAUCAAAUCAAUGAGUGUUUAUAUUCAGUGCAAGAGGAAAGAGAAUGGUGAGGACUGGAAUGGGAAGAUUGAAAAGUGAGUCUAUCAAAUCAAUGAGUGUUUAUAUUCAGUGCAAGAGGAAAGAGAAUGAUGACGACUGGAAUGGGAACAGAUGAAAAGUGAGUCUAUCAAAUCAAUGAGUGUUUAUAUUCAGUGCAAGAGGGAAAGAGAAUGAAGAAAACUCAACACUGCAACGUACAUUAAAGUUAUCUUGGUGACAGCUUGAUGUGUUUUCCUUAUCAAGUGAAAAUAAAAGGAACUGAUGAAAAUUAAACAUCUUGGACUUGAAAUAAGGGAAGCUGCAAGAAGCCACCAGGCCUACACGUGGCAGUACCUGUUGUGACGGAAAAGAACAGACUGGUGCGAAUGCGAGAAAGGUAAACAGUGACGUGUAAACAGAUCGGUAGAAACGGAUUGGUAACUUAACCCAUGGAAAAUGAUCUUCACUAUAUAAAAAGAAGAAAGAAAAGUGUUUGGUAUACAUAUAAAGUACACUACUGCAGUAUACCCCAAGUGUAAAUAUACAUACACAUAUUACUAUAUUACUACUACUGCUAUACACAUAAGUAAUGCUUGAAGUAACCUAAGUGUACUACUGUGUAUUACUACUUUGUCCAACUCAAGACAUCUCUGUAGUGUGUAUUAUAUUACCUGGUUAACUAUUUAAGGUGUGUGUGUGUGUGUGUGUGUGUGUGUGUGUGUGUGUGUAAGUGUGUGUGUGUGUGUUUUGCCAUUGGCUGUCCCUCAGUAUAUGGCUAAUUAAUGAUAGUGCUGCUGCUGCUGCUGCUGCUGCUGCUGCUGCUGUCCUGGCAAUACAGUAAUACAGUGUUGCAACCUGGAA